AAAUUAUUUAGAAAAAACACAUAAGUUUUUAUUUGUAGCAAUUCUAAAUAAUUUGUCAUGACAAAGACAGCUUCAGAAACUCCACAACACAUGAGUGGAAAGAGUUUGCUUGCAAUAUAAGCUAUUAAGAUGUAUUCUGCUAGAUUAUGUGGUUUGAAGCCGUUACUGUUUCGUCGAAAAUCAGGUGUUAACGAGUCAAUGAGAAGUUCAACCUCACCAAAGAAGUCUCCAAAGGCUAACAAUGAUGAUUUGAAGUGCGAGUCGAUGGAAUUAUCAUUUGUAGGUAUGGAUCAAUUGAUGUUAAUGAUGGAAGUUCAUAAGAAAAUCUUUGUGUUCCGGGACAUCAUGGAUCUUGUUCCUUUGCCAACUUCCGCUUCUUUACGUCAGAUGGUUAUUACAACGUUAGAAGAUCUUCACCGGCUUUAUCCGGUGAUCAUACCGAUCAAGAAAGUCGCUAAUAUUAACGACAAGUCUACCGAUCAGGGUCUUGCCUACUUCUGCGAGGCGUUAAAGUCUCUCGGAGAAUCAUGGUUGAUAAGCGAUUUCAUGGACAAGAACACCAGCGAGCUACCGAUACCAAUGUGCAAGGAUAGCACCAAUAUGAAGGAAUUAGGUGUGACUAUGUUGGCUACACUAGAAUGUUUGAUUAAGAUUGCGUGCGAGAGAUUUGAUGACAUGGAAGAAGAUUCGCCGAAGAAAAGUUUCAAAUCGUCGUAUAUCUCAGAUGUAAGCCCUUCUUCUCCUCUCACGCCAACAUCGGUUCUACCAGAACCAAUGGAAUACAUUGCAAAAUCAGCAUCUUGUAGCCCAACACUUAGGUCUCUAAGAAUUCAAGGCGUUGAGAAGCUGAAUCCAAUCGAUUUAAAGCGAUUAUUGUACCAUAUGUCAGCGCAACUCGUUGAAACACGAGACAAUAAGAUCGAAAACGAAGAAGUUAUAGAUGAAGAAAAGGAUCAAAAAGUUGAAAAUUAUGAAAAGGAUACAAUAACUGACUUGGACAAAACAUUUCCUUUGCCGCUGCCACUGCCACUGCCGCCUCCUCCUCCUCCGCUUCCACCUUUGUCCAUCAAACUUGGAUCAGCUCCGGCUCCUCCACCAUUGCGUGGAAAUGGAAUCGCUGUACCGCCUCCACCUCCACCUCCGCCACAACCACUACCUCCUCCACUUCCACCAUCAGCAGCACCUAAAUUGCAACAAAGUGAAGUGGCAGUUAAGAUACCACCACCUCCGCCGCCUUUGUCCAUGAAACCUGGAUUUUCUCCAGCUCCUCCACCACCGAUGCCGUUAGGUGGUGCACCGCCGCCGCCUCCAUUUGGAGCAGGAAGAUCCUUAAAGCCUAAAUCAACUACAAAACUGAAAAGAUCAACACAGUUAGGAAACCUGUAUAGAAUUCUCAAAGGAAAAGUAGAAGGGUCUAGCCUCAAAGGAAAAUCAUCUGGUGGAAGAAACACUGCAGUUGCAGCAAAGAGCAAUGGAGGAAAACAAGGAAUGGCUGAUGCUCUAGCAGAGAUGACAAAAAGAUCAUCAUACUUUCUACAAAUAGAAGAAGAUGUUCAAAAGUACACAAAAAACAUCAUAGAACUAAGAUCCACAAUCACAAAUUUCAAGACAAGCGAAAUGACAGAACUGAUCAAAUUCCACAAAGAUGUCGAAUCCGUUCUCGAGAAUCUAACCGACGAAUCGCAGGUGUUAUCGCGGUUUGAAGGUUUCCCGUCGAAGAAGCUUGAAGCUAUAAGAAUGGCAGCAGCACUCUACAAUAAAAUGGAUUCAAUACUUAAGGAGCUUCAAAAUGUGAAUAUUCUUUCGCCGGUGACUCAGGUUCUUGACAAAGUCGAACGUUACUUCAAUAAGAUCAAAACAGAAUUAGACGCUUUGGAGCGAACGAAAGACGAUGAAACGAAGAAGUUUAAGAGUCACAACAUCGAGUUCGACUUCUAUAUCCUUGUAAGAAUCAAAGAAGCAAUAGUUGAUGUUUCCUCAAAUUGCAUGGAGCUGGCACUAAAGGAAAGGCGCGAUCAAAAUGCUGAAUCAAAUUCGAAUUGCAUUAGUGAUCAAAAAAGAAAAGAAUAUGGUAAAUUGCUUUGGAGGGCUUUUCAAUUUGCAUUUCGAGUUUAUACAUUUGCGGGUGGACACGACGAUCGCGCCGAUAAGCUUACUAGAGAAUUGGCUAGGGAAAUUGAGAGUGAUCCAAAUCAAAUCAGCCAAAGUCAUGCAUGAUCUUCUUCUACAAAGAUUAUUGUAAAUAGAAAUAAAAUGAUUAUGUAAUAUAUGUGUAUGUGCAUGUGUGGAUUAAAGUAUUGACAUGCGCUUAGAUUGUUAAGUGGAGUUUUAGUUUUGGUUUUGAUUUUAAAAAAUUCAUCCAUUUUUUUGUACUUUUUUUGAAUUAUUGAAAAUUGAAGACUAAGCUUAAGCACGAGAUCGUGCUAGUGCUAAAGCUUAGAAAAAAUAUGUGUUUGAAUUAUUGUGUUUUUCAUUGUUUUCUUCGUGUGCAAGUUAUCUUCUUCUUCAAGUUUUUGACGUUAUUGUAUUCAUCGCA